UUGCGUGAUUUACGUGUCCACGUAUCAGCUGCCAACGAAACGAUCGUAAACGAAACAAUGGAACAAAAAGUGUUAAUUAACAAACAUUUUGAUUAUGAAAAAUACGUUUAAUUUCUUUUAAAAUAACUUUUUGUGUGCACAAAAAAGUUUCGUAAUGUUUUAUUUGCAAAUUUUCGAAUGUAAAAGUUAGUUUGUGAUUUGUUCCGAUCGUCUCCGACGGUUUUGUGUUGAAAACAGUGAUUUUCUGGUUUAAUUCGUGUCGAAUUGGUUUAUAAUUGUACGUGUGCUUGUUGGAGCGGUGUACAACUUUGCUGAUUCCAGAGGUCCAGUCUUUAAAAGAAAGAAGAGCGACUUAACCAUCAAAACUGGAUACUACCAGCUAAAAGUUCCACCAUGGAUUCUGAGAGCCGAAGCGAGUCGGCUCUGAAUAGCCCAACGGAGCCGGAUGUGUCGCUGGCGGCUUCUCUCACCGACCCACUUGAAGCCCACACCCUGGAUGAAGCUAGGAGAACAAUAAGGGAUCUCCGAAUGAAAUACAGGGCACAGGCGCAUCAGCUGCUGACAUGGCGCCGUGCUCAUCGUACCCAAGAAGAGCUCGUUUCUCGACUACAGCGAGAAAAGGCCGAACAACUGAAGAGCCUCUCCAGCCAACUGCUUCUCUUCGAAUCACGACUCGUUCGGAAGCAAAAAGAGAUAACCACCAUGCUUGCGUUACGAGAAUCUAUUAUCAUGAAGCAGCAGAAAGUGAUCGAGAGCCUUCAAGUCAAAUUAAUGGACAACGGCAUUGACAUGUCGCAAAACAUUCCAGAUUUCAGGGAUAUGCUGCAAGAUACGCACAUCACUGGCGACUUUGAUUCACUCAACGACUCCGAUUCCGCUGUCAUUAUGGAGGACGCUGAUUACGACAGCAACACUUCACAUUUAAGAUUCAGAUCCACAAACCCCGACAGCGUGACUGUAGUUAGAUCAAUAUCAGAUGCCAUAGAUCCGAACAUGAAAUACAGUGUGGUUCGCCGUUCAAAUGGCUUCUUAAGAAGACCAGAAAUUCUGGAAACCGUAUACAGCGUGGAAGAAGAAAUGGAUGGCGAUUCCACGAAGGGCCUGAGCGCGCAGAGCAGCACAGAGAAGGAAAUUAAAGAAGCAAACAAAACCGACGAAGAAAAACAUACAAGCCUAUUAGCUCAAAGGCGAGACAACUUUCGCAUGAGGAGCGUUGUGUUAACCGGAGAAAUUAAAAGCAUCGAGGGUGACAAAGAUCUCAAGACCAAAAAAGAGAAGGACAUUUGGUCGUAUAGUUAUGUGCCAAAAAGGAUGACUCCCGCCAACGAUUCUGAUGAUGAAGUAACUUCGAACGCUGACAGCGCUGACGAGGACCCAGAACCGAAGCCGAACCACGUGGUCACCUACAACAGAGUUAUGUCGAACCACAGAAACGUAACGAAACCAAAAGACGUCAAGUACAAGAGGAUUAACAAAGCCAAAUCGAAGAGCCUGGAGGAGCUUCGCGGAAGAUUAAAGAAUUGGGUCGAGAAGGGAAACAAGCUUUCAAAUGUACCUUUAGAGCACGCUCAGAGCUAUGCCUAAUUCAAAAGUUCCUUUUAUUGUAUUAGCUGUGUGAAAUCAAAACACAUUUGACUUAACGCUUCUUCAGAUGCUUUCUUCAAAGUGGUAUUGUUGUGUCACAAAAUUUACUAAUGAAUAGGUAGAUUACACAAGAGUAUUUUAGAUAAAUGUUUCAUGUUAGGCUUGUAAGUAGUACCGGCUUGACUUAAAACGAGGCCAGAUUCAUUGAAAUUCUUAUUCUUGAUACUUGAACUAUUGUAAAUAAUUUCUUAUUGUAAAUUAUAGGUUUUGUAAGUGUCUUAGUCAAUUGUUAUGCGGUUUAUCUUUUGGCUCAUAGAUGAUUCAAAUAUUGGAUUGGAGUUUAAAGAAAUUCAAUUUUGAGAAGACAUUAAAACUAGGUAGAACGAAAUUUUGAGAACAAUUAUUGGAAAGUUUUGAUUCGCAAUUCUUUGAAUUUUUAAAAAUCUUUCGCUUAUUUUUGAACAGAAAUUCGGUAUCUGCGGAGAAAUAGGAUUUGUAUUUAUGCGUCUGACUGAUUUUGCAUAUUAUAUGUUUUUCUUUUGUAUCCAAAUCGAUAAUAAAUUUAUUAUAAUAUUUAUGUACGUUAUUUCGCACCUUUAGAAUUAUAAAGACCCAACUCAAAAAAUGUGUUUUUUGGAAAACAUCCAUUAAAGUUCUCAACCCGAAAAAACAUAGAGGAAGGGGACAGAGUGAAAGAGACCGAUAGAUAGCUUUGUCCUUUUAUAAGGUACUUAUGGUCAUUUGAUUACUAAAAGUCGCUGAACAAGAUAGUUCUAGGUCAAUUUUUGAAUUAAAGACGAAAUUCAAAUAUUUCAAAAUGAGUGUCUAUAAUUUUAAAGGUGCGAUUUGUGCGUAUGAGUUCGUAGCCGGAUUUAAAUUGAGAUUCUGUGAUUUUGUCUUGAUUUUGUACUGUUUUUUGUCUCAACUCAAAAAAACUUUUUUAGUUGAAAAAUAUUUUGUCAAGGACUUGAACAUAUCGACGCUUGAAAGGCAAACGUGAC